AUGGAUGGAGGAAGCUCAGUUAACGUCCUAUUCUAUGACACCUUCAAACGGAUGAAACUUGGUGAUGAGCAGCUGAUGUCUUCUUAUUACACCAUCUACGGGUUCAACGGAGCACCAACAAAGCCAUUAGGCGACAUCGUGUUACAGGUGGACACAGGCCUCAUGAAGGUAGAAACACUGUUCAGCGUAGUAGAUGCCCCAUCCCCUUAUAAUGCCAUCAUUGGCCGAAAAUGGGUACACAAACUUAAGGGAGUGGCAACAACUUACUACCAAUAUCCCAAGUUCCAUACACCCGAUGGAGUAAUGGAAAUCAAAGGAGAUCGAGCCUCCGCAAAGGAGUGCCAGACCACUCAAGAUCGUAUCAACAACGAACAGGAAGAGCAACGAAAAGCCCGAAGAGCCAAAAACAAAGAAGCUGUGAAAGAAAAUGCCAUAGACCUGUUCCUCAAGGAAACCGUGGGUAAAAGCUUGGCAGAGAAUGAUAAUGUUCUUAGCACAGAAGCAAGUACUUCAGCGGCUAUCCAAGGACAAGAGCGUAUCUAA